AUGGCAAUUCAAAAUCUAGAUUUGAUUCCUCGAUUUCCCAAGAGGCGUGAAAUACAAAAGCUUUCUGUCAACACCACCGUCACUCUCAAUGCCGUCCCAGCUCAAUCACCCAUUCCACUGCCUAAAUCGGCAUCAAAGAUCAUGACUCUCUCCGCCUAUACCAGAGAUUUAUCAUUAUGGGGGAUCCCACGCUGGCCAUUUGAACCAAAAAUGGAGCGAAUACGCACACUCGUAUUGGAUCGCUUGGGCUUACGAGAUGAUAAUCCUUGCAUAGUAUCAUUUGAAAACAGGACGGCAUUCAAGAAAGUCUACAAGGUUAUUGUUUAUCAGAUGGUAAAGUGGAGAGAAGGUUGGGAAGAGAAGAAAGAGAGGGUUUAUCAUUUGAGCGUUCGAUAUCCUUUGCAGGAGAGUGACGAGACGCUGAGUGAAGUAGCAACCAUGAAGUUUGCGCGAAAGUCAGGAGUUCCCGCCCCCCGAGUAAUUGCUUGGGAUGCGAAUAGAAGGAAUAAAUUGGGAUUCGAGUGGAUUUUGGUGCGAAAAUUGGAGGGAAAAUACCUCAAGGAUGAAUGGGAAGAUUUGUCAUUUGCUCAAAAGGAGAAAGUGGUGAAAAACAUAGCGAAAUAUCAAGCAAAACUAUAUGCAACUAGUUUCGACGACAUUGGAAACCUUUUCGACGCGAAAGACGCAGAUGAUUACAUCACGGACUAUAGAUACGGUGAUUUCAGUACUUCGCAUCAAAUAUCGAGAGAAGUCCGACCCUUUGUUGGGCGGUUAAUAUCUAUUGCUGCGAUUAGUGACAGAAAUUCGUACUGUUCUUUCCCGGACAGCAGUUCCUAUUUAGAAGCACUGUUGGUACCCAUAUGGAAGGAGUUAUCGACGACAUUACGAACCUCGACUAAUGAAGAAGAAAUGAUCGAAGCACAAAGUCUUCAGAAGCUUGUUCAAAAAGUGCAUGCUAAGGUUCUUCAGACAUUUCCAGAAACAAGGGUAUCCACAGUCCUUGUCCAUGACGAUUUAUCGAUGAGAAACAUUUUGAUUGACGACAUGGGAAAUAUAACAGGCAUUCUUGGGUGGGAGAAUGCGACGGCCAUGCCGACCUGGAAAGCAACUCAGUAUCCGCAAUUCUUGAGUAUUGACCAUAUACAACAAUCAAGUACAGAAUAUCAAGAGAGCAUCCAUGAAAAUGUAGAGGAAAGAGUUGAAGUAGUAAGACUAAGGCGUCUCUACGAUGAGGAGAUGGCUAAGAGGGUAGUCGCUUGGAAAGAAGAAAUCAAUCGAGGAAAAAUAAGGAGAGAGCUUGAAUUUGCGUGCAAAUUUUGUAGUAUUGAAAGCUGCGUAAAGGAAAUUGAUGACUGGGUAAAUGCACUCGAAACUAAUAUACCCAUAGCACUGGUAAAGCAAUAA